UUGUCUCUUCUCUACAUCUAACCAUCUACUAGUCUUCCUACUACUACAACUAGUUUCCAUCUCCCCUCCCCUCCUCUCCCCUCCUCAUCGUAUUAAAGAGAAAAGAGAAUCUUUUACUUUAUGCGCAUCCUCUUCUCCAUCAACACCUCGCUCGCCCUUCUCCGAUCCCCACGCGCCCCCGCCCCGAUCCGUUCUCUCCUGUUCGGCAGCAACAAGUCUUCUUCUUCCGUCUCCCGAUCGGCGACGAUGAUGUCGAUUCCUCCUAGCAUCUCCGCCGUUAGCCUCUGCGAAGAAGCUCUGGCGGGGAGGCUGUGGAUCAAGUUCAACAGAGAGUGCCUCUUCUCGAUGUACAGCCCCUUCGCCGUCUCUUUGGCCGCCGGCAACCUCAAGAUCGAGACGUUCCGUCAGUAUAUUGCUCAGGAUGUUCAUUUCCUUAAGGCCUUUGCUCACGCGUAUGAGUUGGCCGGAGAGUGUGCUGAUGAUGAUGAUGAUAAGUUGGCGAUUUCUAACUUGAGGAAAAGCGUCAUGGAUGAGUUGAAAAUGCACGACUCCUUUGUUCAGGAUUGGGAUUUAGACAUUAACAAAGAAGUAAGUGUUAACUCAGCAACUUUGAGAUACACCGAGUUCUUAUUAGCUACAGCAUCCGGAAAAGUAGAAGGACUCAAAGCUCCCGGCAUGCUUGAUACUCCAUUUGAGAAAACGAAAGUGGCCGCCUACACGCUUGGUGCUGUGACACCUUGCAUGAAGUUGUAUGCCUUUCUUGGUAAGGAGUUUGGAGCGCUUCUAGAUUCGAGUGAAAUGAACCAUCCCUACAAGAAAUGGAUCGAAAAUUAUUCUAGUGAAGCUUUCCAGGCAUCAGCUAAGCAAACUGAAGACUUGCUCGAGAAGCUUAGUGUCUGUAUGACUGGGGAAGAGCUGGACAUCAUUGAAAACUUGUAUCAACAGGCAAUGAAGCUUGAAGUAGAGUUCUUCCAUGCCCAACCGUUAGCUCAGCCUACCAUAGUUCCGCUGCUGAAGAACCAUUCAAAAGAUGAGCUCAUGAUAUUUUCUGAUUUUGAUCUGACUUGCACCGUUGUUGAUUCUUCUGCUAUUUUAGCCGAAAUUGCAAUCGUAACUGCCCCGAAAGAUGACCAGGGUCAACAAAUGAAUCGGAUGCUCUCGGCUGACCUGAAGAACACCUGGAGUCUACUUUCUAAACAGUAUACAGAGCAUUAUGAAGAGUGCAUAGAGAGUAUUCUGAAUAAGGAAAAAGCGGACAAGUUUGACUACGAGGGUUUAUGUGAAGCACUAGAACAGCUGUCAGAGUUUGAGAAGAAGGCAAACGAUCGAGUGAUCGAGUCUGGUGUACUCAAGGGCCUGAAUCUCGAUGACAUCAAGCGAGCUGGGGAAAGGUUAAUUCUUCAAGAUGGCUGCAUCAGUGUCUUCCAGAAAAUUUUGAAGACUCAGGAUGCGAAUGCAAAACUCCACGUGCUUUCGUAUUGUUGGUGUGGUGACCUCAUCAGAGCAGCCUUUUCUGCACGGGGAGUAGAUGCAGUGGAAGUACAUGCAAAUGAAUUCACGUUCGAGGAAUCUAUCUCUACUGGAGAAAUUGAACGAAAAGUGGAAUCCCCAAUCGACAAGGCUCAGCAGUUUAAGAGCAUUCUAGAAAACAGAAAGAAGGAGGAUAAAGGCAUCCUUACUGUUUACAUUGGAGAUUCAGUAGGUGACUUGCUCUGUCUCCUGGAAGCAGACAUAGGAAUAGUGGUUGCCUCUAGCUCGAGCCUCAGGAGAGUGGGAAGCCAUUUCGGGGUCUCAUUUGUGCCUUUGUUCUCUGGAAUUGUGCAAAAACAGAAACAAGAAGAAACCUGGAAGGGACUCUCUGGCACACUUUACACGGUAUCAAGCUGGGCUGAAAUACAUUCCUUCGCUCUUGGAUGGGAGUAAACGGCAGAAGAAAUAUAUGAUUGAAGUUUGUAUAUACUGCCGGGGGUGGCUAGUUUUUAUCAAGGGCCACGUAUAAGUUUCAGUCUUUCCCUUUGAAAGUUGUGACAUGAUGAACUUUGGUAAGUCUCGUCUUAGAAUCUAUGAGCUUCUGUUGCUUUGUUGCAAUGAUCUCUUGGCUUUUGACAGAAAAGAUGUGAUGCAGAGAUGUCAUUUGAUGAUAUGCAUAUACAAUAAAACAUUUAUACAUAAUUCUUGAAGGGCAAUGCUAUUUCAUUUAAACAGUC